GCAUCGACUCGCUGUACUGCACCGCAGAGACUGCCGAAGAUGUUGUCAGGUGCGUUAUCGCAGAGACCCACAAAGAGGCUGACGACGUUCGAAACGAGGUGGAGGCUGCCGUUUUGGAACGGAUCCAAGCGCUGCAGGCACGACAGCGUGAGCUGCUGGAGCAGAUUGACCAACUGGUGCAGACCAAAGUAGAGAAUCUGGAGACGCAGCUGCGGCAAAUACAGAGCGGGAGCUGUCCACCUGCUCCAGCAGAAGAUCGCGAGGAUCCAGAUGCUCCGCCCAUGGAUGGUGUCUUUCUGCUCCGGGCAGAUUCUGUGAUCCGCUUCAGCGAUCCAUUCCUGGUCGUUUCCGCUCACUUCCUGAUGAUGCGGAACUUUGCCAUCGCCGUUCUUGCCAUGCUGUCUGUCGGCUCUUUCGCCGAUGAAUCGAUGCAAGCUCUGGCUGCAGAUGACGAGUCUGCUUCCUUGAACUUGCUCCAGCAUAAGGGAAGCGCUCAGGUGGACGAAGAGAGUCUCGAGGCAAUGACGGAUCCUGAGACUGCUGUGACGAUGUCCACCCCAGGAAUCGCCUUCCUGGAGGAGGGCGAAGGACGCUUCCAGUGCGGCGUUAUCUAUUGUGCGAGUGCCGCAGGGAACAAAUGCUGCCGGGAGGCACUGAGCGCCGUCUGCUGUGGCCCAG